AUGCAUAGAAAUUUAUCAAGAACAGAAGACAAAAAGAAACACCGCCGUCCUGAACGUAAAAAUCGAGUCGACGAAAAUACAUACCAGGUUUCUAGAUGGACGCCACUGAUCAAAGAUUUAAUGGAGAAUUGUAUUGAAAACAAGUUGGAUCCUAAGCAAUUUCCAUUUGUAGGUGCUAAAGAGAAUUCAACUGGAAACCCCACAGCGUCUAGGUAUACAUUGCCCUGUGCAUCGUGGUAUAAACCAAAAAAAUCAACCGAAAAUAAUGGUUCAAGAAUCAUAUUGUUCAUGCUGGGCGGAGUCUCGUAUUCAGAAAUGAGAUGUGCAUAUGAAGUAUCAAAAAACUCUACAAACUGGGAAUUCAUAAUUGGUUCAUCAAACCCACUGACGCCAAACCAGUUCAUUCAAAAUUUGUCCAAAUUACAUAACGAAUAG